AUGGCGACCCUUUUGCAAUAUCGGGCCAUUGGCCAGCGAGUAAAGCGUCAACUCGACCACACCCUGCAAGAUAGCAGACACCCUUUCCCUCUUGAAGAAAAUGGGCAACAGCCCGAAUUCGACACUCCAAAUAGUCGCCGUGUGUUGAUUGUUGGCUGGGAUGGACCCGACGACGACGCAAACCCUCGCAACUGGGCCACGGGGCAAAAAUGGCUGGCUACUGUCCUCGUAUCUCUUCUCGCUCUGCUGGUAGGAGUCUGCGCACCAAUCGAAGCACCCAUCAGACAACUUGCCAUGAGCGAGUUUGCCAUCUCUGAAAUGGUCGAGUCGCUUUGGGUUGCGCUGUUUUUAGCCGGCAUAGGAAUAGGCGCGCUGGUCUCGGGGCCGUUUUCCGAGGUCCUGGGCAGGUCGGGAACGUACACAGUCACACUCAUAUUCAUGUGUAUCUGGUUAAUGGCCUCGGCCUUGUCACCGCAUAUUGCACCUCGCCUCAUCUUCCGAUUCAUGGCUGGGUUUUCCGGCGCAGCACCGCUUGUGUGCUCUGGAGGAACGAUUUCGGACUUGUGGGCGCCCAGAGACAGGAUAUAUCCCUUUUUGGACUUUACGAUUAUCGGUUUCGGUACGCCGGCUCUGGGCCCGGUAUUCUCAGCAUGGAUUUCCAACUCGCCUCAGCACGAUAUGUGGAGGUGGGCAGAAUGGAUUGCACUCAUAUUCAGUGCAACUGUCCUUUUGGUCUUGGUUGCAUUCCAGCCAGAAACAUACGCGCCAGUUCUCUUGUCUUGGAAAGCAAAGCACCUGCGAGAAAUGACGGGAUAUCCAGGUUAUCACGCACAGCAUGAACUUGAAGACCUGGCACUGCCUCAUCGUCUGAAAAUGGCUUGUAUCCGACCAUUUACCAUGGCCUGGAAUGAGCUGACUAUUAAGCUUGCCUCCCUCUAUCUUUCUUUCGUAUACGCCGUUCUAUUCACUUUUUUCGACGGCUACCCAAUCUUGUUUCAGACAACAUAUGGGCUGUCGCACGAAGUGACGUUCGUGUUACUGGCGGGCAUCUCACUUGGUGCAGUGUGCUCGGCGGUUCUGGGGCCCAUUGUGCAUCGAAAAGUUUUACACGAGACGAAACAAACAAACCAAGGGACGCUACAUGUAAACCCGGCCUCAGGACUUUGGUUUGCCAUGUUGGCAGCCCCAGGCCUCCCUGUAUCUCUGUUCUGGAUGGGUUGGACUGCUUUCCGCACCGUUUCUAUAUGGUCACCACUUGCAGCUUCACUUCUCUUUGGCUAUAGUAUCACUGGCAUUUUUAUCGGCAUCUCCAUGUAUAUCAUUGAUGCGUAUGCCCAAUUUGCGGCGUCGGCAAUGGCUUUCACUUACCUGGCUCGGUACCUCGCUGCAGCUGCCAUGACAGUGGCCGGAAUCCCUCUCUACGAAAAUCUUGGAGGGCAUUGGACAUUAACAUUACUGGGGUGUAUUAGCAUCAUCUUGACACCUCUCCCUUACGUUUUCUUUAAAUUGAAUCUUGCUCUGCACCAUAAGAGCGCUGGUGUGGUCUAG